AAGGCAGCAGCACAGAGAGAGUGGAGCACUACCCACACCGUGCCCACCUGCAUACACCAGGAUGCCUGACACCAUGCUGCCUGCCUGCUUCCUCGGCCUGCUGGCCUUUACCUCUGCCUGCUACUUCCAGAACUGCCCGAGGGGCGGCAAGCGGGCCGUGACGGACACGGAGCUGAGACAGUGCCUCCCCUGCGGCCCCGGAGGCCAAGGGCGCUGCUUCGGGCCCAGUAUCUGCUGUGCGGACGCGCUGGGCUGCUUCGUGGGGACGGCCGAGGCACUGCGCUGCCAGGAGGAGAACUACCUCCCGUCGCCCUGCCAGUCUGGCCAGAAGCCGUGCGGGAGCGGGGGACGCUGCGCGGCCAACGGUGUCUGCUGCAGCCCAGAGAGCUGUGUGAUCCAGCCUGAGUGCCGCGAGGGCUUCCACCGCCUCGCCCGCGCCGGCGACCGGAGCAACGCCACGCAGCUGGACGGCCCCGCGGGGACGCUGUUGCUCCGUCUGGUGCAGCUGGCCGGGUUGCCGGAUCCCAAGCCCGCCACGCCCGGCGGCUACUGAUCUCCCUCGCCUCUCCCCCCUCCUCCCGAUCCCCAAAUCUGCAACGUGGACAAUAAACCUCUGCAAAUG